CAUUCAAGUAACAGAUCCACGGAGAAGAAAUGAAGUGCCUGACUUUGGUGGUCCUCUUGGCCCUGUUGGUCGCCCUCUUUGCGGGAUCCUCGGAGGGCAGCUAUUGUCCCUGCGACCUGAAGACGAAGGGAUCGGAGGUGUGCGGCUCAAAUGGCGUCACCUUCAAAAACCGCUGCGAAUUCGAGUGCACGCAGAGGGACUACAAAAAGGUCGGACGGACCCUGAACAUCCGAAAUGACGGGCCUUGCAAUCAGGCGAACUAAAUAUGGGAUCCUUAUCUAUGUAUAUAUGAUAUUAUACAAAUUAUAUACCUAUUUUUCAUACACAUACUCGUAAAAGCGAUGCAAUCUUCUCGAAUUCAAAUGAGCGCUGUGAGAUAAUAUUUGAAAAGAAUAAAUUUCUAUUAAAUCUUAUUUACUCUUAUCAAAGAA